UGGCCAUGUUUGUGUGUCCAGCUGGUGAGUGCGGAGUAGCGGAGCUGGCUAACCCGGGGCUAGCAGUCUGACCAGCAUUUCCCCUCUUUCUUGGAGGGGGGUUAAACGUGAAGAUACGGCCGUGCUGCGCCGUCCACCCCGGCUGUUCUGAUAGCUGCCAUGCCGGUGCACUCACGGGACAAAAAAGAAAGCAACCACGAAGAAAUGGAGGUGGACUUUCCCGAGCAAGACGGCAGCAGCACAGACGAGGAGGACACGGUUAGCUCGUCCGUGUCUGAAGAUGGAGACAGCUCAGAGAUGGAUGAUGAGGACUGCGAGAGGAGGAGGAUGGAGUGUCUUGAUGAGAUGACAACGCUUGAAAAACAAUUCACGGACUUGAAGGAGCAGCUUUAUAAGGAGCGUCUGAGCCAGGUGGAGAUAAAGCUGCAGGAGGUGAUGGCUGGCUGUGCCCAGGAGUACCUGGAACCACUGGCCAACCUGCAAGAGAACAUGCAGAUUAGAACUAAAGUAGCUGGGAUCUAUAAAGAUUUGUGCCUGGAGUCGGUGAGGAACAAACAUGAUUGUGAAAUCCAAGCUGCUUGCCAGCACUGGGAGAGUGAGAAGUUGCUGCUUUUUGACACUGUGCAAAGUGAGCUGGAGGAGAAGAUUCGGAGAUUAGAGGAGGACCGGCAUAGUAUUGACAUUACCUCAGAGUUGUGGAACGAUGGACUGCAGGCUCGGAAGAACAAGAAAAAAGAUCCGUUCUGUCCUGUGAAGAAGAAGAAACCCGUCGUCGUGUCUGGACCUUAUAUUGUUUACAUGCUGCAAGACCUGGAUAUUCUUGAAGACUGGACCGCCAUAAGAAAGGCGAUGGCUUCUUUGGCGCCGCACCGGGUGAAGGUGGAUGAAGUCCCUGCGGUGAAAGCAGACAGACAUCACCACGUGGCGCGCUCCGAGGAAGGUCGACUUUUCUACGACAACCAGUGGUACUGCCGAGGUCAGACCAUCUGCAUCAACAGGAAGGACGAGUUUCCAACCAGUGCCAUCAUUACCACGAUAAACAACGAUGAGGUGUGGUUCAAGCGAGCGGAUGGCACCAAGUCCAAGCUGUACAUCUCCCAGCUGCAGAAAGGCAAAUACACCAUCAAACACUCGUAGAGGAGACUAGAA